AGUCAAUGCCUUACGUUAGUGCAUUACGUAACAUAGUAGAAGUAGAAGUACAUAAAAACAGAGAGAGACAAAGAAAGUUGCAUCGUAGUUAGUGGAUUCAUUCAAGAUUACUGUUUUUUUACUACUUUCUUUUCAUGGAUUCAAGAUCUAGAGGAUCAAUCCAUUGAAACUUCUUCGAAGACUUCUUCGCAGUCAAUUCAAGAAACUAGAAAAAUGGGUUUUGAGGAGUUUGACCUUUCGAGUUUCUUGACAAACCCAUAAAAAAUAUUGAAGGAAAAGAUUGGUUUUUGGGUUUCUAAAUGAUUAUCAAAGAAUUGGGUUCUUAGCUCAAAUGGGAGAGGGUGUAAGUGUUAAUGCGGCAGCAAUGCGCACAGCUAUGAACGCUGUGCAAGCGCUUGGGAGAGGGUUUGUUGUGAACUAUGAUACGAGGUUGUUGUAUUGUAAAGGAGUUACUGGGUCUAAAGUGGUGGAGAUUGAUCAGGAACAUGCUAGAGAUCUUUUGUUGUGUGGUGGGAUUGUAUUGCCUAAUGUUUCUAGGGACAUAAAAAACUCUUUGGUCCCAAGUGGACGCCAGAGUUCAGGUGUUUGCACUUUUUACGAGAUGUUGGAGUACUUCAAUCAAAAGGCCAGCCUAUCAGGAGGUCUUCCUCUUGGCUGCUUCAAUUCUGCUUUUAGUUUUACUGGUUCAAAGCACAUCGAUGCUGCAGUUUCAAAGACCCUUUCUAUGGAUGGAUAUUAUAUCCCACUUGCCAAGGUCCAACUUAUGAGAUCCCCCUUAGUGUUGCAUGAAAAUGUUAAAAGGGCUGUUCCAACCUGUUGGGACCCUCCAUCCUUGGCGAGCUUCAUUGAAAAAUUUGGGACACACGUUGUUGCUUCUGUAACUAUUGGUGGUAAGGAUAUGAUAUAUGUUAAACAACACCAGUCGUCGCCUUUGUCAACCCUGGAGAUUAAACACUAUGUACAGGAUAUUGGAAAUCAGAGGUUUUCUGACAUGGAGGGUCAUACGAGUUCAGGCCCUAUGAAACUCAAGGAUAAGGGUGGUGAUUCUGGCAUUUUUAACAGCCAAGGAAUAUACCCUCAGCCAACUAGUGCGCCAUAUCUUACUGGGAAAGAACAUGUUACAGUCAUUUUCUGCAGGAGGGGAGGAGAUGAUUUGGAACAAAAUCAUAUUCAAUGGGCAAGAACUGUACAGUCAUCUCCUGAUGUCAUUGAGAUGAGUUUUGUUCCAAUCACAGAUCUCCUUGUUGGGGUACCUGGAAAGGAGCAUCUGAGUCGUGCUAUUGCUCUAUAUCUUGAAUACAAACCUCAGAUAGAAGAGCUCAGGUAUUUUCUGGAGUUCCAGAUUCCUCGAAUUUGGGCUCCAGUACAGGACAAUUUUCCUGGCCACCAAAGAAAGGAACCUGUUUGCCCAUCUUUGCAGUUCAGCAUGAUGGGGCAAAAGCUUUAUGUCAGUCAGGAGCAGAUAUCAGUAGGACGCAAGCCUAUCACAGGUUUACGACUAUGUCUCGAAGGAGCCAAGCAGAAUCGCCUGCAUAUCCAUCUUCAACACUUGGCAUCUCUUCCUAAAAUCCUCUUGCCAUACUGGGACACCCAUUUUGCAAUUGGUGCUCCCAAGUGGCAAGGACCUGAGGAGCAGGACAGCCGAUGGUUUGAACCAGUGAAGUGGAAGAAUUUCUCUCAUGUGAGUACUGCUCCAGUUGAGAACCCUGAAACUUUUAUUGGUGACCAAUCUGGUGUCAAUAUUGUCACUGGGGCUCAGCUUGGAGUGUGGGAUUUUGGUUCAAGAAAUGUCUUGUACAUGAAACUUUUGUAUUCUAGGAUACCGGGCUGCACAAUACGAAGAUCCUUGUGGGACCACAUGCCCAAUGACAAGUCAAAGAAAUUCCCCGCUGUAAAUAAUACCCACUCUGGUGACACAAGUUCAGCUUCGAGAGGAAAUGUUGCAGGGAACAAGUUGGCAAAGUUUGUUGAUAUGUCCGAGAUGAGAAAGGGGCCUCAAGAUCCCCCAGGACAUUGGCUAGUUACAGGUGGAAAGCUUGGUGUAGAGAAAGGCAGGAUAGCUUUGAGAGUGAAAUACUCGUUGCUGAAUUAUUGAGCGUAGCGUUAUGUUUAUAUGCUGAUGUGCAAUGCUGUACGAUAGAGGCAGUGUUUUUGAUGCAGAAGAACUCGUGGUCAUCGUGUGUGUAAACUUUUGAAACAUGAUGAUCUCAGUUGGAUGGAUGAGGAGAUGUAAGUAGAUGGUAUUUUAGGGUUUCUUCCAAGGUCGAAGGUCAAAUCUGUUUACUUGUAAGCCGUGAGUUUUGUAGAGAAGUUCUCUUUGAUAAGGGAUGUAGGAAUUGCCUCUAAAUGUGAUUGUUCAUAUGCCUACACCAUUAUAGGGUUCCGAAUUACUGUUUUCU